UGUAGUAGGUUGCCGGCACUUCAGGAUGGGUUUGAUUCAAAGCGUGUUUGCUGCAGAGGCUGGAUAUCAUGUGCAUGGGAUUCAGGACAAUUCUCCAGCAGAGAGAGCCGGCCUGGAGCCCUUCUUUGAUUUUAUUUUGUCCAUUGGGCACACCAGACUGGAUAAAGAGAGCAGCCUGCUGAAGGACCUCCUGAAGGCAAACGUGGAGAAGCCGGUGAAGCUGGAGGUGUACAGCAGUAAAGUGAUGAAGAUCAGAGAGCUGGAGGUCGUUCCCAGUAACAUGUGGGGCGGUCAGGGCUUAUUAGGGGCCAGCGUUCGCUUCUGCUCUUUCCAAGGGGCCAAUCACAACGUCUGGCAUGUGCUGGACGUGGAAGUGAGUUCUCCUGCUGAACUGGCUGGACUCGAGCCGUAUUCUGACUACAUUGUUGGCGCAGACCAGGUGCUGCAGGAGUCGGAGGAUUUCUUCUCGCUGAUCGAGGCGUCGGAGGGCAAAGCGCUGAAGCUGCUGGUGUAUAACACACAGAGCGACCGCUGCAGGGAAGUGCUCAUCACUCCUAACGGAGCCUGGGGCGGAGAGGGAAGUCUGGGUUGUGGCGUUGGGUUUGGGUACCUGCAUCGUAUUCCCAUGCGUUCGCUCGCGUCGCAUCAGCACCAGAACUCAUCUGCAGCAUCUGAAACCCAAGAGGACACACACUGUUCUGAGUUAUUAUUAGAUAACUCCUCAAACGAGACGGACCGUGACGUGACGGCAGACGCUCGUGAUGGAUUCAUUCAGGACACGACUGAAGCUUCAGCACCGUGUGAGAAAUCUCCUGCGGAUGCUGAUGAUGAUGAUGAUGGAGGCGUCUGCAGCAGUGAAAAUGCGUCUGCUUUAAGUCGGUCUGAAGACGGCGUGGAGAUCACGACAGCGGUCCAGAAGGACGAUUCAGGGAUCUACGACAUUCAGACGCCACCUGUGAUCUUAAAUAUGGAACCAAAGGAUGACGAGGUUGUAACAUUUACACCGAAAACCGUCUCAUAAGUGUAACUUGUGCCUCAGAGACGCAUCGAUUCGUGAGCGUGCUAACAGCUGCUGGAUUACUUGAGAAUAACACAUUAAAAGCACGUCACUGAAACCAUUUACUGCUAUUAUAAAGCGCCGACAUGCAGGAUUACACAGAAAAUAUGCUUUAUUUUAAGUGAUACACAUACACACUCAUGCUUUAAAGAAUAUUAAGAAACUAUAUCUUCAUCCAUGCAUCUCACAGUAAAUGUCAUACUUCACCCCAAAACCAAAGAAAAAAUAUAUACAGUAUUGGAAAUUAAGCCUGUUUAAGAAACAUUUUCCUUUAGAGUUUUUGCAUUGUGGCAUUAUUUUCAUCACAGUCCAAGCACAUUUCCAUAGAAAUUUUUUUUUUUUCAUUAUUUUCAGCGGUGAUUUUAAUAACUGUACUACAGUAAUCUCAGGAAAGCAGCUGGAACUCAUUUUCAUGAAUGUUUUGGACACUAGUCCACUAAGCUGUUGACUGAAUGUUUCUGAAUGUAGUUUAUUUUACAAAUAUAAUGAAU